UGUAUGCGCGUGUGUGUGUGCGCGCGUGCUAUAUACGUGUAUAUGUUUGUUUAGUUUUCGAGCUGUUGAACGCAAUGGCUCGUUGACAGUUGUGUUUGAGCGCGCGGCCACAGCGUACAGGUGGUUCGGCAGUUUUCGCCGUUGAAAAAAUAUUGCAAAGCUUUUGCCUUUAUAUCAAAAAUUUCACAAAAUAUUAGUUCAUUUGUGUGUAGACGAGCUCGUAUACGCUUGACCGUGCAGAAAAGCGGGAAAUCAACAAUUAAAAUAAAAGUGGCUUUUUUACAAUUUUAUUUUUCGGUGUGUGUGUGAAAUUGACGAAAUGUUGCAAAGCGCUGACAGGAAAUGUACGAAAGUAAUUCUCGCACAAACAAUUGUUUUUUAAAUGAAAUGCGAGCAAACAAUAUGGCAAUUGAUAACAAUACUAGAAAAGCGUAAUUGAAUAAAAAAAUACAAAGAAAAUAAAGAAUUAUAAAAACAAAAACAAAAACAAAAAAAUUAACGAAGCUCAUAGAAAGUCUGCACGAAAAUAGAAAAAAGUGUGCAAAAUAGAAAUAAAAAAAAAUAAACAAAUCGAAAAUCGCUGUUCUGCACCAUGCGUACGGUUUAAUUGUUUAUAAACACUAAAAAAGUAUCAUUUGCGGUUUUAUUUGCAUUUCGUCGUGUUCUGUGGCUUUGUGGCAUGAUUAAUUUUGCGAUAUUUAUGGAUAUUAUGAGCAAAAAUACGUAUAAUUCAUAAUUUUUGCAUACUUAUAUACAUACAUAUAAAUGUAUAUAAUAGAUUGCAGACAUUUUAUGAAAUCAACGGAGCUCAAAUUUUAGCGGAAUAAUUUCAAGAAAGAAAAUUAAUUUCGUUGAAGUUAAAAUAUCAACGACAGGAAAAUUUGGGUAAAUUGCUGUGAUUCUCAAACACAUUGGAAGAUAUCUUACAGGCACUAUUACAACAACACAACAAAACUAAAAUAUAAUAUCAACUAAAAUUACAACAAAAGCAGUAAAAUGCCAACAAAAGAUUUAUUCCAGCAAUGUCAGCCGGUACAGUUAUAUAUUGUGCUGACAAUGUCCGUCGGCUAUUUCCUCGUACAGCUGGUACUCAGUCAUAUAACACAUGCGCUAACGCUGCUCAUGGCAUCCUAUCACAUGUUAUGUAAUAUUUUUGCGCUAAUCGGCUGCAUAGUAACAAUAAAGCACAGCAGAAAACAUGAUGAAAGCCAACUCGAGCAUUUCAUUAGCUCCACAUAUGCGGAGAGCGACAGCAAUUUACCAAAUGUUUCUAACAAAGAUAAAAUUAUUGUAGUAAAUAUGUCUGGAGCACCGUCUCCAACAGUAUCGCGCCAUCGGCGUGAAAUGAAAUUGCGAAACACUUUUGGUUGGACGCGCAUCGAUAUACUGACCAUGCUGAUCGUAUUUAUUAUACUAGCAUCGCUGUCAUUUUCGCUUGUAGUGGAGGCCUUACAAACACUUGUACACAUAGAUCAUCAAGACACAAUGCACUUACCCAUUAUUGUCAUGAUACUGGGAUUUGUUGGACUCAUUUUAAAUGGUUUAACAUAUCUGCUAAUCGGUGGUUAUACAAUGCAUCAGGGUAGCUUUUUACAUGUAACACCUAGCGGUGAUGUAAUUUUAGAUCGUGUACUUUCGAAUAAUGAAGAGUUAAAAGCUGAUGAACGACAAUUAUCGAAGCCAAAUAGUGAGACAAUUGAAAAUGAUCGGCAGCUUAAAGAUGAUUUAAAAGCUGAAAUUGGUCAGAUACACUAUGUGCCAAAACGUCAAGGGGCUGUGGAAAUGUUGCGUGAUGUGUCGAGCACUAUAUUCGUUAUAGUUUGUGCAUUCAUUGUCAAUAUGGCCGAAGAUGAAGAGCAUACGGCCAAAUUUAUCGAUCCCGUACUCUCAAUUUUCUCCUGUGUCCUACUGGUUUCUCUUAGUUAUCCUUACAUGAAACAAUCAUGUCUAAUCCUUUUGCAAACAAUUCCUGGUUCCAUUGAUAUGGAAGAUUUUGAACGUACAUUGGUAAUUAAAUUCCCCGAAAUCGUUAGCUAUCACGAUCUGCACAUUUGGCAAUUGUCAGCGCAUAAAUCAGUAGCUACUGUACACAUAAUGUUUGAAAAUCCACGCCUAUACACAAAAAUCAUUGAAGAUGUACGUACAUAUUUCCAAGAUCGUGGUAUUACUGAAGUCACAAUUCAACCGGAAUUCCAAAGUCCAAAAUCACCAUCUAUAGAAUGUUUAAUGCAGUGUAACGCUAGUGAUUGUGUGGACAAAGUAUGCUGUAAGGAUUCACGUACCGAUCUGCGUGAGGUAAUCAGUGCAUCACCAAAUGGCAAUAUCGAAACAUCCGUCUACAAGCACAGUACCGGCGAAAGUGAGGAGAAAUCUUUCAAUAUAAUUGCUUUGAAGAGUAUAGAUGUUAAGAAGGCGAAAGAAAGUGUGCCAGUUGAAGAAAUACUAAGCGAGAAAAUGGCAAUAGCGAAUGGUGACAGUAUUAAACAUAUUGCAGCAGUAAAAUGUGAUAAGCCCGAAGGAAAUUCGCAAGAAGAAUCUAUAUUAACAGUUGUUAAGUCUGAAAUCUGUGCUGAUGCUAAAGUUCUUGACGAAAUCAAUGUAUCAAAUGAUAGUAGUUGAUUGGCUAUGUCAACGUAACUGCAAAGCUUUCCAAAAGCUAAAAUGCUACCAAAUAAAUUUUUAUUCAUACAUAUUUAAGCAAAAAUAGUUAUAGAGACUAUAGAUUUGAAAUGCAUAUACAUGUGUUUUGAAAAAUGAAUUUUAGUUUUGAUACGAUAAUUUUAAGUUUUAUAUGAAUUACUUAUUGUAAUUUGCUAAUUCAUAAGAGUUACGUGCUUUUAAGCUGAAUAAGUACAAGUAGAGAAAUUUAAUUUUAAGAUGAUUAACAUAAUUUAGAAUUUCACGUAUGUAUGUAUGUAUAAUCCAAGACCCACCCAUCCGUGUCAUUGUCGUUUUAAGAGUGAAAUUAUAUUUGUACUAAGAAAAGCCAAAAAAAUAUUAAAUAAUAUGUAAAAUAAAUUAAAAUAA